AUGGUCACCAGGACAGAGGGUCAAAUUGAUGACUCUCUAAUUGGUGGCAAUGCCUCUGCUGAAGGUCCUGAGGGAGAUGGAACAGAAGCCACGGUCAUCACUGGUGUUGAUAUAGUAAUAAACCACCACCUUCAGGAAACCAGCUUUACAAAAGAAUCCUACAAGAAGUACAUCAAGGACUACAUGAAAGCAAUCAAAGCCAGACUUGAGGAACACAAGCCAGAGAGAGUAAAGCCUUUCAUGACAGGGGCUGCAGAACAAAUCAAACACAUCCUUGCAAACUUCAAAAACUACCAGUUCUUUGUAGGAGAGAACAUGAAUCCAGACGGUAUGGUGGCUCUCCUGGAUUUCCGUGAGGAUGGUGUGACGCCAUAUAUGAUUUUCUUUAAGGAUGGCUUAGAAAUUGAGAAAUGUUAACAAAUCAAACAGUAUGGUUUUGGAUCACUUGUCUUCAUAGCUGGCUGCUGUUUCUUCUUCAUUGGCACAACACCAGGAAUUGGCAAUGUCUAACAACGGGACUGAUGUCAUCUUGAGUUUCAUUCACUUAUUUUGACCCUGAUUUGGAGUGGAGGCAUUGUUUAAAAAAAAAAGAAAAAAAACCCCAAGCAUCUGUCAUGUAGGUUGUCUAAAAUAAAACUCAUUUAAACCCAUCCUA